CACAUGGUCCCUCCUGCUCCCUUGUCCCAAAUCCUAGUCAACCAAUCCCACCUCCAUGCCCCUUCUAUAUAAACCACCCUUAGGAACCAUUGCAAGCUGCCUAGCUAUCAGGUCAUCGUUAGCUUGUGCCUGAUCUAAGAUCAUCACCACCACCACCACCAACAACAACAACAAUUAUAUCAUGGCCGAGACCCGGAUGGACUCCAUCGCCCGGCCGACGAAGGGCGGCAAGGGGUUCGGCAGGCGGUGCGCAUCACUUGUCAAGGAGCAGCGUGCCAGGAUCUACAUCCUGCGCCGCUGCGCCACGAUGCUGCUUUGCUGGUACAUCCAUGGAGAUGACUAGAGAGAGUAUGGGGCUUGGGGUAUGCAUGCCACGAUCUCCAACUAUAUACCAUCCUAUAUACUAUCCUUGACCUCUUUGGUUUGGCUGGCUAACAAUGAUAGCAGGCAGCUUAUUAGAAACCCUAUAUACCAUGGCCAUGAUAUGGUUUUCUUGUUUCAUCCUUUCAUCGCCUAUCCUUUGGUCUCUCUCUCUCUUUUUAUCCGGUUCAGCGUUUGGUGGACUGGGUUUAUGGAUUUUGAGGAGGAGGGGGAGGUUUGUCACAGAGGUGAUGAGAAGAUUGCAGCAUGGGUGGUUUUGCAGAUGAGCGCUGAUCUCCAUGUUGUUGUAGGAGGGCUAAAAUGUUUUGUUCUUCUUUUUAGAUUGUGUUUUUGACGUGGAACGAAAGACUUCCAUGUUAUGACAGCGCAAAGAUGUCUCUUAGUAUAUAGCUGAAGUUGUAAUGUAUAAAUUGAAUCUGGUUACCAUUACUCUAUUGUACUUGCUAGCAAUAAAUGAA